GGAGCACACAGUGUGCGUACUGACGCGGCCUGAACCGAACGCCGCCGCUGCAGCCAACAGGGUUAUCGGGUCACGGCGGUGGUGUUCUUCUCCACUUAAAUGCCCCUCUACAUAUAUAAUUGCCCAUUGAAUUUUCUAGAACAUAAUUCCAAAAUAAUUACCUCGCGUCUUUCAACCCCCGACAUCGCUUUAUUUUAGUUUAUAAACAGCGAUUGCCUCGUUUGUUGCUAUCAUAUUGUUUACAUGUUGUACCGUCAUUAGCCGUCCGCGUAGAAGUUAAUUGUCAUGUCUUUCAGUGACAGACGACUUCUCACGAAUCCGCCAAAAAGUCUAACGAUAUCUGAGUGAUGAAGGUCGAAAACGAUGUGCCAACUAUAUUCAACCCUAAAAAGCCCAGACUGUCGCAGAGUAAUGCUGUACUGACCUCGGAUCAUCGUCCAUAUGGUCCCUUUUCCCACGUUCUUUCCCGAAGCGAAUCCUUAUGUCAACAAGAAGACGUGGAACAGGUUGAGCAAUGCCAGAGGCGGCAAGUGGGCAUGUUUAAAAGGAUAAAAAACAAAUGCUGCUCUCAAACGGCAAGGAAAGUGUACUACGGACUAUGUGUUACAGUUUGCGUGACCUUUUCUUGGGCAGGAGCAACUCAUGCCAUCAAAUAUCUAUAUAUGUACCACCCUACUAAGUAUCCCGUGCUAAGUAGCUCUAAUUUCAACUAUUCGUCCAUUCAUCAACAGACGUUGAUGACGUACAAAGCACCAUUUUUUACGACUUGGUUUUGCACAAAUUGGACGGUGCUCUUCUUCCCGUUGUAUUUCCUGUGUCAAUUGGGUAGUCCCAAUCAUCAAUCACCAACGGACAUACUCGGUGAGAGUGUUCGAAAUUUCCGUGAUCGUGGUUUUACAGCAGCUCAUUUUCUUUCCCGGUGUUGUAUGUUUUGCAUGCUAUGGGUGUUCACUAACUACUUGUACAUACAUGCUCUCAGCAUACUAGUGGCAACCGAUGCUUUAGCGUUGUUUGCCACUAAUGUCGCCUGUGUGUACUUAUUGUCGUGGGUCAUACUACACGACCAAUUUGUCGGUGUUCGGAUUGUGGCUGUAAUACUGUGUAACACGGGAAUCGCCUUACUGGCCUAUAUGGACGCCGGAAUAGCAAAUAAAAAGAAAACCUUGACCGGAGUCAUGUUGGCUGCUACGGCGGCAGGUGGAUCUGCAGUGUAUAAAGUUAUGUUCAAAAAAAUGAUUGGCGAUGCCACUUACGGACAAGUGUCAUUGUUUUUCUCUCUAAUUGGACUACUUAAUGCGGCACUAUUGUGGCCCGUGUGUCUUGUGUUGUAUUUUUCUGAAAUCGAAAUUCUUCACUGGGACCGACUGCCAUGGUUGAUACUUUUAUCAGCUAGCACACUAUCAUUAGUGGCCAACCUGUUGGGGAAUUUGAGCGUUGCUUUUACUUAUGACAUAUUCAUUACGUUUGGUCUCAUUACUGCUGUACCAGUAUCUGCAGCUAUUGAUAUAACAAUGCACGACCAACAAUUUUACGGAAUGAAAUUAUCGGGAAUCAUAUUAAUAUCAAUCGGAUUUUUACUGGUCAUGUUUCCUAAUAAUUGGCCCGAGUAUAUUUUUUGGGUUCUAAGGAAUAUAGUACUACUGAGCCAUAGCGCUAGAUGGAGUAGAAAAAAUAGAGGACUACAGCCAAACCCACCAAAAGUGGAAAUCGACUAUAGAACUGGAUACAUACGGUCACAUUUGCGAUCUCCUUCUGGACGAGUCAGAUGACCAGUUCGAACGAAAAUGAAAAUAUUCCAACACUUGUUGAUUUUUUUUCGUACAACAAACGCUACUGAAGCGUUGGAGGAUAAUAUUUGGUUAUCUCGUUGCUGUUGGUAGUUGUUUUUCACUUCUGUAUAAUACCAUUUCUUAUAGAGGUAUACGUGGAAAAGACAUAUCUGUCAAGUCGGACGUAUUAUACGUAUUUUAUUAUUUUAACGCACAAGACGUUUCGUGUGUAUUUUAUUAUAAAAACGCAUUAAAAGGUUUAGAUGUAAAUUAUGUUAAAUUUCAUUGUAUUUGUCUGUUGUAUCUAUUGAAAAUAAACUGACAUUUUUUUUCUUCAAGAAG